UCCUCGUGACUUGCUGACUUGGAAACCGGAAGAGGAAGUCGUUGCCGCCGCAAUGCAGAGAGAGGAGAAACAACUUGAGGCGUCAUUAGAUGCACUGCUGAAUCAAGUGGGUGAUCUGAAGAACUCAUUGGGGAGUUUCAUUUACAAGUUGGAAAACGAGUAUGACCGGCUGACCUGGCCCUCUGUCCUGGACAGCUUUGCCUUGCUCUCUGGACAGCUGAACACACUGAACAAGGUCUUGAAGCAUGAAAAGACACCACUGUUCCGUAAUCAGGUUAUUAUCCCUCUGGUGUUGUCUCCAGACCGAGAUGAAGAUCUCAUGAGGCAGACUGAAGGACGAGUCCCUGUUUUCAGCCACGAAGUGGUCCCUGACCAUCUGAGAACCAAGCCUGACCCUGAGGUGGAAGAGCAAGAGAAGCAACUGACGACGGAUGCUGCCCGCAUUGGUGCUGAUGUAGCUCAGAAGCAGAUUCAGAGCUUGAAUAAGAUGUGUUCAAAUCUUCUGGAGAAAAUCAGCAAAGAGGAGCGAGAAUCAGAGAGUGGAGGUCUCCGGCCAAACAAGCAGACCUUUAACCCUGCAGAUACCAAUGCAUUGGUGGCAGCUGUUGCCUUUGGGAAGGGGCUUUCGAACUGGAGACCGUCAGGUAGCAGUGGUCCUGGCCAGCCGGGUCAGCCAGGAACUGGGACAAUCCUUGGGGGAGCCUCAGGACUACAGCAGGUGCAGAUGACAGGAACUCCAAGCCAGCAGCAGCCAAUGCUCAGUGGCGUGCAGAUGGCCCAGGCAGGUCAACCAGGGAAAAUGCCAAGUGGGAUAAAAACCAACAUCAAGUCGGCUUCAAUGCAUCCCUACCAGCGGUGACAAGGCUUCUGGACGGGGACAAACUGUCCACCUACAGCUUUGGUGAAGCUCAGGCCUGCUCUACUCUCCAUCCGCUGAGAAGCUCUUACCCGCAAAAUAGCCACAAAGUGCUUUUCCCCUUCCCUGCACACAUGCAGGAAGAUGUCGAGGGGCCAGAGAUGGGGGCUUCCUACAAAGUGACUCUGCUCGGCAGGACUAUAUGAGAAGGGGGGUUGCUUUGCACAUGCCAAGCUCCUCCUCCUCUCGACUUAUUUUUUCUUAAUUUGGAGGGAAGGGGGACUUGCACAUCACACCAUCUCUCAUCAAGGGUUAGUUGUCCUCACACCAGGGCCUUGUUUCUGGCCUCAGCUAGGAGACUUUAUUCAAGGCCACUGAGUGUGACGCAAGUAAGGGGUUGCUCGCAGUGCCUCUGCUGCUUUAAUAAAGCUGAAGAGCUGAGUGAGUUU